UAGCUUGACACGGUUUCGCGAAAAUGAUGUAGCUUCACUUCUAUUAAGACAUUUUUCAUAUUUCACUGUGCAGCUCGGCGGAAAAUAACCUUAUAAGCUUGCUUUAUCUCCAAAGGACAUAUGCCGACAUGUAUCUCUUAAAUGUACAGCUGUUGGCCAUUUAAAGCCGCAUCCUUCAGCAGGCAGCUAACAAGCCUAGCCGAUGAACCAGCUUUAUUUACAUUACUUACUACAUUUCUGGACUUUCUUCGGGACUUUACAGUCUUGGGGACAAGCUGCUGCUUACAAUUAGCGACACAAUGUCUUUUUCUGCCCUCACCACGGUUGUAACUGUGGUUUCUAACGUUUGUGCCACUUGGAAAGACAAAAGUUGAACUUUAACCUCACCUCGACUUUCUCAGAGAGCGCAGCAGCCUGUCCUCCACCAUGUGGAUGUGUAUGGCUGUUCUCCUGCUGUGGAUGAGGUCAGGAGGAUGCACAGAGAAGGCCAACACAUCAGACCUGAUUGAAUACACCGCUGCAGACUUCUAUGAGAAAUUGCAUUCUGGGAAGAUGAUGUUUGUCUAUUUCGAGCAUCAAGUCUCUCCAACCAUCUCUCUCUUCUUGGUGGAGUUGGAGAAGUCUGCUGACGCUCUGCAGGAUUAUGGGGUUCUGGUUGGCAAGGUCAACUGCAAUAAAGAGCUGGUUCGCACAUACUGCGCAGAAGAAAGGGUGCUGCACACAGCUUUUCUGUUCAGAGGUGGUAAAGAGUUCUUGGGUUUUGAUUUGGACACCGUGUUUGACGUCAACUCCAUAGUCUCUGAAGUCCUGUUUGCCAUUCUGCGUGAAGAGGUCAAGUACGUCCACACAGAUGCCGACCUGCUGGCCAUGGAGAAGGCAGCCAGAGGGAAGAAGGAUAUUGUGCUGGGUUACGUCCGCAGUCUGGGAACACAAGAGCACAGAUCGAUGAUGGAGACGGCGUAUGUGUAUGGAUCCAAAUACCAGUUCAUCCUCAUAACUGGAGGCCCAGUCCUGAAGCACUUAGGUGUUAGCGAGUUGUCUCACUCGUCUCAGGUGUGGUUCCUCCACUGUAGAGUUCACAGUGGGUUCAUGACCGCGAUUACCUCUGAGCGCUGCCCUUUGACCCGCAUGAGGAAACCCCUGUCCACCCUCAGCCUGCACUCCUUCCUGCAGCUCAUGGAGGCUCCACUAGUGACUGAAGUUUAUGACGACCCCUCCUCAGUCCAGUCCCCCCAGUUCCCCUACCAGCAGACCCCCCAGGUCUUCCUGUUUUCUCGUCCAGCAACCGAACACCUGGACCUGGACACGGCCAUCACUCUGGCCUGGAGGCUGCGGGGCCUCGCCCUGCUGCUGCUCGUACACAGGCAGAGUCCUGCAGUGAAAACCCCCGAUGAAUAUAACGCUGCGUACAGGCUGCCUGAGAAGAGUUCAGAGGUGAAGUAUUUGACCUUACAUGACCUUGAUGAGGUGUUGGAGCUCUUCACAAAUCAAGAGAAAGAGGAGGAGGGCGACGAAGAGGAGGAGGAGGAUGAGGACGAGGGGCUGGAGGACGAAGAAGAGGAUUCACAUUUUGGGAAUUUGGACGAUGAAAUUUCAAUGUCUGUCUACGAAAACAGAGGCAACCUGCUGGACAUGGACUUAAUUACCCAGCUAACCUCUGACAACUUCCACGCCACAGUGGCUCAAAGCAGCCUGACAGCGGCGCUCUUCUACCUCAAAUGGGAUGCUGUUUCUAUGGCUUUUCUCAGCUCCUUCAUUGAAGUUGCAGAGAGACUUGAAGAUUCGAAGGUCCAGAUGAGUGCGGUCGACUGUGGAGAGUGGACCGACCUCUGUGCGGCUCUACCUGGCAGCUCCGUCCCGAUCCCGUUCGAGCCAAUCACGGCCUUCCCCAGCGUCUUGCUGCUCCGCCCCCAGGAGUCGGCCCAGCACUACAGAGGCAUGCUGGGUACUGAGGCGCUGCAUCGCUUUAUUAUACUGAGCCUCCCAGCUUCUCCUGUGCUCCUGUCCACCGAAGAGGAAGUGACAUCUUUUCUUCAGAAAGUGCCUCAACCCGAGCUAGCCAGCUACAAACCUGACAGAGUGCUGGGACUGUUUAAGACACAAACACACGCAGGUGUAUCACUGUUUACUGAAGCAGCAAAGUCACUGAGAGGAGAGGUGCUGACUGGGCUGCUGACAGAUGGGCUGGCAGAGCAAUGGGCAUCAGGACACACUGUGGAUCUUCCUGCAGUGUUUGUGUUUCCAUCUUGGAGGACGCACACUCAUCCCUCCACCCUGUCUGUAUCCACUUCUGCUGAAGAGCUGCUCUCACACAUCAACACUGCACUGCUGCAUCCACUGCCUGAGCUGACGGUGGAAAACCUGCCGUCCUUCCUCUCCCUGGGUAAAGCCCUCCUGCUCCUCUUUGUGGGAGAGGAGGAGGACGAGAUCGGGCGGAGACAGAACCAGGCGCUGGUGGAGGAGAUGAGAGGACUGGUAGAGUCGGGAGGGGGGAGGAUGGAGCGAUACCUGGCCUGCUGGAUCCAUCUUGGUCGUACUCCAGCUGGUAUGUCUGUCCUGGGGUCAUACCUGGGCUCUUUGCCCCCCCUUCCUGCACUGGUCCUCACACAUUUGCCCUCUGGAGGUGAAAUCUAUCAAUACCCCCCCAACACCCCCAUAGUGGCCCCAUCUGUCCUACAGUGGCUGCAGAGGGUCGAGGACGGGGCUGAGUCACCAGCAGGGAUGUUGGGUGAGGACAACUGGCCUCCUGCUUUCGAUUUCUAUGACUUCCUGAAAAUCAUGGACACGCAGGAACCCGACUCCGCCCAGCAGCAAACUCCUGAAGAGGAAGAGGGAGUGGACGAGGAAGAGGUGAAUGUGGAAGAGCAUGUGGUGGCAGAAGAAGCGACGGAUUCCUCUUCCAGCUCUCCCACUCCUGACAAUAACCCUAACACUCACUCUGAACUGUAACAGAUCACGAUAGGAGGGAAAUGACACAAAGACACGGAUUAAACAUGUUUCUAUCCU